AUGGAGAAGUACGAGAAGCUGGAGAAGGUCGGGGAGGGCACCUACGGCAAGGUGUACAAGGCGCAGGACAAGGCGACGGGCCAGGUGGUGGCGCUCAAGAAGACCCGCCUGGAGAUGGACGACGAAGGGAUCCCGCCCACCGCGCUCCGUGAGAUCUCCCUCCUCCGCCUCCUCUCCAGCUCCCUCUACGUCGUCCGCCUCCUCGCCGUCGAGCAGGCCACCAAGGGCGGCGGCGCCGGCAGUGGAGGGAAGCCCGUCCUCUACCUCGUCUUCGAGUUUCUUGACACUGACCUCAAGAAGUUCGUCGACGCCUACCGCCGUGGGCCCGCCCCUAAGCCGCUCCCAACGCAGGUCGUCAAGAGUUUCUUGUAUCAGUUAUGCAAAGGAAUUGCACACUGCCAUGGCCAUGGGGUCCUUCAUCGGGAUUUAAAGCCCCAAAAUCUAUUGGUUGACAAGGAGAAGAUGAUACUGAAAAUUGCAGAUCUUGGGUUAAGUAGAGCUUUUACUGUUCCUAUGAAAAGCUACACCCAUGAGAUCGUGACGCUUUGGUAUAGAGCUCCUGAAGUACUGCUUGGAGCAACACAUUACUCAACCAGUGUUGAUAUUUGGUCCAUCGGAUGCAUCUUUGCCGAGAUGGUCAGAAAACAGGCUCUUUUCCCUGGUGACUCUGAGUUACAGCAACUGCUUCACAUUUUCAAGCUGUUGGGAACUCCUACCGAGGAGGAUUGGCCUGGAGUAACUGCUCUGAGGGACUGGCAUGAGUUUCCUCAGUGGAAAGCACAAAGAUUGACACGUGCAGUCCCUACACUGGAACCAGAAGGAAUUGACCUGCUAUCGAAAAUGCUCCAGUUCGACCCGGCGAACAGGAUCUCAGCCAAAGCCACGCUAGAGCAUCCCUAUUUCAACAGCCUCGACAAGUCUCAGUUCUAG